AUGGUCCGCCUCUCGCUCGCCAACAUGGCCUUGGGCGCCGCAGCCGCCGUCCGAUGCCUUGCCUCCGGGGAUUGCGUUGGCGUUGACGCUAUCGGCAUCAAGUGCGCCUCAAAGGAAGCGGCGCAUCCACAGGACUUCUUCUACGUCGGCGGGCGCUACAUCGAAGGCGCCUCGGGCAACGUCACGGUCGAUCAGCUAUUUUGCGUCGCCGCUACGAAACCCAUCGUCUUCUUCCACGGCGGUCGCACUACAGGCGUCACGUGGCUCAACACUCCCGACAAUCGCCCCGGAUGGGCGACGUACUUUCUUCAGAAGGGGCACACGGUGUACCUAGUUGACAUCACGGGGAUAGGAAGGUCGACGGAGAACAACAUCGCGGCCUUCACCAUGCUCGCUGGUACGGCAGCCGAGGGCGUAAAGAGGGGCUUCACAAACGUCGAGGCGUACGUUACCUAUCCUCAGGCUAUACUCCAUACACAGUGGCCCGGCACCGGGAAGAAGGGCGACGCCGCGUUCGAGCAUUUCAAGAAGGCCAUUAUCCCGCUCUCCACCAGUCGGAUCCCACAGGGACUCGCCCUGCGAGCCUCGGGCUGCGAGCUCCUCUCCGUCCUCGGCGAGAAGGCCUACCUCAUCUCCCACUCCAUCGGAGCCCGCGCGCCGAUCCUGCUGUCCAACGAUUGCCCGCAGUAA